AGGAAGCGGGAGACGCCGACCGCUUAAGCUAUCCCUUGAAGUCAUUACUGCUUUAGAAUUGACUGCAAAGAUUAAUUUUUUACGGGAGAAAAGUACGUGUCGAACAUCACAAGUUACAUUUUUCACUAGUUUAGCAUGCAGCUGUCGUUCUCAGAAUAGCAGAGAGCUAACUUAGCAGUCACAGCUAACUUACCCUCACGACGCCGGACGGUAACUCUAACUACAGCACUGCUUAAACAAUAAUGUCACGAACGUCGGUGGUAAAAUCCUCCUUCUCCCACUUCACGGGUUAACUGACCUACUACCGUGUAACGUUGCUUAACAACAAUGGCCAGUAACGUUGCCGUGCUGGAAGUCGGUACGGGCGUUUUCGUCAUUGUUGUGGUUUGGAUUGCAGCUCUUGUGUUUGGGAUGCUGCUGCUGAGAGCAUCUGGAUCAGCAAAGUUAGGAGUUAUCCCUGUUUUCCUACUGGCUCUCACCAUCACUUCGGCGCUGGUGUUUUUCCCUCGCAGCCCAGAGACAACUCCCCCUUUCAAAGAGAUAGAGAUAGUGGACACUUUGUUCAUCGGCCGCUACGUCCUGCUGGCAGUGGUGAGCGCAGUCUUUCUGGUGGCGUUCUUUAUGCUCCUCCCCUUUCAUUUUCUGGAGCCAGUCUAUGCCAAGGCCUUAAGAACACACUAGAGCUGCCAAGGUCAGAGCUGGCACCGGCAUCAUAUCGCUGAUGCACACAGCUUAAGACAAGCAGAGAUGACGAGAGGCCCCACCCCUUCACGUGGAAUCAGAAUACAGAAUGCAUCCCAAACAGAAACAGCAGGAGAGCCCGUGUUUUCUUUAUGGCCAACUGUUUGCAGGUUGUUGACUGUUCAUGUAUAACUAACUGGAAUGAGAUAUCCAUCAGUACCCAGGUUGUUUUAUUUAUAAUUUGUAUCAUUUAAUACAUGAGAUGAAUUUCCUUCACAACAGAUGGUUUCUUAUUUGAUAUGUGUAAAGCACUACAGCAAUUCCUAGUCAACCAGCACUGAAACACCCCCUCUAUCUUUAAUAAAGAAAUCUUACAUUGCCAAA